UAUUGAUGGAACUCAUGUGAAGGCUAGUGUUAAAGAGAGCGAGAAAACAAAAUGGAUUGGGAGGAAAGGUUACCCAACACAAAAUGUGUUGGCGGUUUGUGACUUCAACAUGUGUUUCACAUAUGUGUUGGCGGGAUGGGAAGGAUCCGCACAUGAUACAAGAAUAUUUACCGACACAAUACGAAAGCAAGAUGGAAAGUUCCCUCAUCCUAGUGGAGAUAAAUAUUAUCUAGUUGAUGCGGGAUAUCCAAACACUAAGGGCUAUCUUGCACCUUAUAAGGGAACACAUAUAAGGUAUCACUUUCAAGAUUUUCGAAGAGGCAAAACAAGAGGAGCACGUACUCCAAAUGGAACACAAGAGAGAUUCAACUACAUACACUCAUCUUUGCGCAAUGUGAUUGAGAGGACUUUUGGAGUUUGGAAAGCAAGGUGGUCUAUACUCAAAGACAUGCAUGUCAACUACACUAUUGGUACUCAAAUCGACAUUAUUGUCGCAUCCAUGGCAAUACACAACUACAUUAGAAUCAAAAGUAUUCAAGAUGAUGCUUUCUUAGUUGCUCAAAAUGAAGC